GCGCAGCAUCCAGUCGGUUUUUACGUCGUCGCGCACACUUUUGGUCCGCGGUGUGUCUCGAAACGUCGCGACGUAAAGAGAGAGAAAGAUUUAUUCACAAUUGUUAUCCGAGAGAGACUAUAAAUUCGAAGGUACGACGAUACUUUGUUUUCGCGAGAAGCGCGGAUUACGCGCGCGAACGUCGGUGAUUUUUCGCGCGCGCCGGCACAAGUCAACUUUCAAAUUGCGGAAAUGCAAAUGGCGCCGGUGACCCUGAAACUUGGACAAUUCGAUCUGUUGCUGUUCGUACACACGCAAAAUCGAUGAGACGUGUCUCCGCAUUUUGCACGGAACUCGGAGUUUUUAGACUGAACUUUUGCAACAACACAAGAUGUUUGUUCAAAGAAUCACGUGACAAGUAACAACACGACGACGCGACGACGACGAGCUGGAGUAGUGUGUUUGUGUGUCACUAUGAGCGAGAGCUGUUGGUAAACAAAAAAAAGAAAGAGAAGAGAAUUGUUUGCGUUCAGACUGAAGAAUGGAAUUCGGAAGUUACAAGGGCACCGGGCCCCGCAUCAGAGUACGUCGGCGUGCGGAAUUGGGCAGACGGCUCACCAGAAGGUUGUCCCUCGUCGCAAAAAUGCCGGCUGCAAUUCUCAGCAGAGCGAACCCGCCCGAACCGAGACCGGUCGAGAUCACGGCAAUUGCACCUGACAAGACGCAGCUCACGUUAUCAGCAUCAUCGCCGGGAGCUAUUUCCGCCGUGGUCGCUCCGGUGCUUUUAAAGUAUCGAGUUUGCAGGCCACGAUUGUUGCUCGCCGGCUCGAGAGCCGAAGUUGAUCCCUCAGCUGACGUGGCCCUUUUGCACGGUGAAGUUUUACUCAUCGAAGACUCUGCGAGACAAUACAAUACGGUCGGAGACACAGAUCGCAGGUAUAGGGCUACGGAGAAGCUGUUGCACGCAGAAGAAGAAUAUCACGAAACAUUGUGCAGCGCCAAAGAAUUGUACGCACGUCCGUUGGCGCGCAGUUAUCCCGAAUUUCACGAUGUUAUUUUUCAACCCAUCGCGGAUCUGUCGCGGAUCAGUGCUGAGCAUUGUCAGAGGAUCCGCGGGGCACUCGAGAAUUGGGACGGCGAUGCCUUCAAGCCGAGUGACUUAUUCCCCGGCUCGUUUUGGAACUCAUACUGGGAAUACCUGGAAAGGUACAGCGAAGCUAGGAGGACACUCGACGAGCUGAGGGCGACCGAGGACCCCCUACUGCACUUUCUCAGUCUUAGGCAGGCGGCUGCGAGACACUCGCCCUUGUCCUUACUUCUCCUACCGGUGCAGAGGCUCGCCGACUACGAGAGGUACUUGGGUCAGGAAGCGAGGAAUUUAAUCGAUAACGAGUGCAUCGAUAGCGGAACGGUUCUUCAUCGCGGACAGUUGGAGGGCGAUCUCCAUCGCAUUCAAGAAUUGUUUCCCAAUGACAAUUUGCGUUUGCACGAACGAGAUGUUGUCACCACGAAGAUGAAAAAUAUAUUACGUAAGAGAAACAGUGGUACUCCAGCCAGACUGUCAAGAGGACUUUCUCAGAAGACUUUGGAUGUUUCGAUUAAUAAUUCCCCGUCGCCGAAAUCGCCGAGAACUUUUCUCCUGGAAACACCAGUACAGUUUACUACGGGCAUGCAAUCGCAGGAGAGACACCUCUUUCUCUUUACCGAUCUCCUGCUGAUCGCGAAAGCUCGAAGCAGUGGGAAUUUCAAACUGAAGCAGACCGUGAGGAUGAGCGAGCUUUGGCUUACGGCCGGUCACAUAGAGGAUGUAGCGGAGACUAGCAAAUCCGCGGAAACCAGCUUCGUUCUCGGCUGGCCAACCACAAAUGUCGUAGCCACUUUCAUGACCGCCGCGGCGCGAGAUCUCUGGUGGGGACGUUUAAACGAUCUCGUGCGAGAGGAGAGUAUGAAGGAGCCUCCGCACACGAACAUUCAAAUCGUGUAUCACGACAGCGACACCAACAGCGACUACUGCAAGACGAUCAUGGUCGGCUCGGAGAUGACGGCGCAAACCUGCGUGAACGUUGCGAUGCCGUUGUGGGAUCUUCAAGGACCCUUUCAGUUGUGGGCUCGGACGUUCCCGGACGAGGCGCCGUAUCCCUUGAUAGGUCACGAACGACCGUUCGCCGUGAAGAUGUCGAGAUUGCGACACAUGCUGUCGGCGGAUGAAGGUUUUGAUCUGGAACACAUCAACAACAGCGGCGUCGAUUUGUGCCACUUCGUUCUCAGACCGAUAAUGAAGACGCCCGCAAAAAAGAACAACCGGUCGAAGAUAACCGGUCUGUUACGACGUUCGCUGUCACUGAAUCCGAGUCUGUUCGGAGUAAAUUUGUCGCGACUGGACGAGAACGGUCUGCCGAAGCCCGUUCUAGUGAUGCUGCAACAGCUAUUCGCAAAAGGUCCGUUCACGCAGGGCAUUUUUCGCAAAUCCGCGAACGUUCGAAUCGUUCGGGAGCUGCGGGAUCAAAUUGAAUCCACGGGAGAUCCCAGCUGUUUAGAAGACGCGCCGAUUAUAGCGGUCGCAGCUUUGCUGAAGGAUUUCUUGAGGUCUCUGCCAGACCCCCUCUUGACUUCUCAUCUCUUUCCACUUUGGAUGGACAGUCUGGACACUUCAAAUCCUGUUCAAACUAUUAAAAGCAUUUUAGACAGACUCCCGAAAGCAAAUUACACUUUACUAUCGCACUUAAUCUGCGUGUUGCAUCACGUGGCAAGACGAUCGAAACGUAAUCUCAUGUGCGCAAGCAAUUUGGGCGUCUGCUGCGGUCCGAGUUUACUUUGGUCGUCGAAUCCGUCAGUGAAUCAGAGCAGAGCGAUCCCGACGAUUACGGAGAUGUUAAUUCGUCACUGCGAGGACUUGUUCGGCGCCGGCGUCACACAGCUUCUUGGAGAAGACACGCGCAGCGACAGCGGAGCCGAGGAGAGCACCGACAGUCUUCAUUCAGGUGGAAUAUCCCUGGAUAGUUUGGACUUGACGGAGGCGCCGCGUAGAGAUCCCAUGUCCUUAUCAAGAGACUCGGGCUUGACCUUGUCAGACUGCCAAUUAUUCAUCCCGGAAUCGCCCGUAGGCUCAGAAGACUCAGCCCCGAACGCUCCGUCGUCAAGCAAUUACGACAAGUCUCUCGCAAAGGAGGAAAAAUCAAACAGCAAACCUUACAUACCAGUUUAUAGAUGCGGAUGGGAGGAGAGACUGAAUGGUUACACGUCCACUACUAAUCAUUCGAGUAACACUGAGCACAAUUUCAGAGAAGAGAAGACUAGCACGUGUUAUACCAAUCAUUCUCAAUCAAAUUUUCAGCGGCAGGAUUGGUUACGAGCGCAACUCAAAAGAACACCUAGAACGAACAAGCUCGAUGAGCACGAGCACAGAAAGGAGAGGUUCAAUGACAAAGACAUGUAUGACAGGGAAUAUCUUCGACAGGACGCGAUGAAAGAGAAUGUGGAAAAUUGUAAAACUUAUCGGAGCAGGCAGAUGAACGUAACUUACGAUAUAUUGUCGGAGGAUUACGAUAGCAAGAGUUCGCAGCAAGAUAUCCGAGGUACCGAGCGUGUGUUGAUUCACGAUUCGGAGCAGGAUCUGACGAGCGGUAGCGACACGCCCCGAUCCGGUAACGAUCGUUACGAGUUUAAAAAGAAAGAGCGAUUUAACGAAUUUAAAAAUAAGUCCUCCGAAGCUCAAUACGUAAGUCUGGAGUCGCAGAAGGAGCUCCGUCGCCAAGUUCACGAUCGUGACGACUUGUACGAGGACUUCGUGAGGGUGAAGGCAAUAUACAUGGAAGCGUUGAAAUAUUGCAAUAAAGAAUCGAACGGCGAGUCCGAUGGAAAAAUUGGUUAUUGCGAGGACAGAAGUCGAUCGGGCGAGGUUUACGUGGCCGGAGAUACGAACGAUUCGUAUAAGACCGUGGUGAUCGACCUCAGCGAGGACGAACAAGAGGAAAGGACGACGUCUUGGCCGGAUACACCGCCGCCGCUACCUCCAAGGCUAAGGCAUCUACCGCCAGUGCAUAUGAGCCUUGAAGAUAGGCACAAGGUAGCUAGUAGGUCCAGGUCUCUGCCGCCGCCACCUCCCUAUCGACCACCGCCGCAACCUCGCGCACCUAUUACUACGCGGCAUCUAGGAUUCGGCAGAUCUGUCGUUGAUGAUGAGAGCUACGUCUGAGAACGAUUCUCGGCGAAUUGCCUCGGAGUUUCGCAGUCAUCGCAAUUGUUUCGUUAUCGAUUAACUUUGACACGUAUACAAAAAAGUCGUGGGGUCCGCUCUACGACGACUGAACCUAGUCCAAACCGAAACACUUGCGCAGUUUCGUGAACAAUAAGAGAGGUGAUUGUAUGAAGACGGCAUUGCGAUGUUUCUUCAAGAAGCGACGAGUACUUAUCGUCUUUCUUCGAUCAAACUUAGACAAUAGCAAGACGAACAAAAAAACGAAAAUGUCUUCGUAAGACAGCGAAGUGGAAUUCGCAGUUUUUUUUUUUAUUUGUGAUCACCAA